GCUCAGGCCGGCGGCAACCUCGGCCCUGCCAUUCUCGAACAGCUCAAGAAUUUCUUUGAGGUGACCGUGCUGAGCCGCCACGCCAGCAUUCCCAACCUUUCUCCGUCCGUGCGUGUCCGCCAGGUCGAUUACGACUCGAUGGAUUCGCUCGUGUCCGCGCUGCGCGGGCAGGAUGCCGUCGUGUCUGCCCUGGGCACGCUUGCGCUAGGCCGCCAGCUCGCCCUCGUCGACGCGGCCGUGGCAGCCGGAGUGCGGCGCUUCAUCCCCUCCGAGUUCGGUUCUGACACGACCAACCCCAAGUGUGCGACGCUGCCUGUCUUCCACGACAAGCUCGCCACCCAGAAGGUCCUGCGCACCAAGGCGGCCACCGGCACCGGCCUGACUUACACCGUCAUCUGCACCGGCCCGUUCCUGGACUGGGGCCUCCUGCGCGGCUUCAUGAACAUCAAGCAGAAGGCGGUGAGCCUGUACGACGGCGGCGACCGGCCAUUUAGCACGACAACCCUGCCGACGAUUGGCCGCGCCGUGCGUGAGGUGCUGAUGCGCCCCGCCGAGACGGAGAACCGCGUUGUGAAGGUGCACAGCGUGGUCACGACGCAGAGCAAGUUGUUGGAGAUGGCGCAGAAGGCGGUGGGACCCGAUGGCUGGACUGUCAAGAAGCUCUCAAUUGAGGCAAUGCUCGAGUCGUCCUGGGCAGACAUCAAGCAAGGGAAGCACAACCUUCAGACCAUGUUGGGCUUCAUCGUCGCUGCCUCGUGGGGUGAGGGAUUCGGAGGACAUUUUUCGCAGACUGACAAUGAGCUUUUGGGCAUCAAGCCGAUGAGCGACGAAGAGCUCCAGGGGGUGGUCAACCAGUUGGCGGCGUCGUAG